CGUAUUUUUCUCAGAAUACCUAAAUAUGAAGAAAGUGAUUGGAUAAAAAAAAACAACUUUUUUGUCCAGUAUAUUUAGAUACGACAGGAGUUCCUGUACUGCGCGAGAAAAUCAGCCUAUGUUUAUUUAUGGAAUGAUUUGUAUAUUGAUAAAACUAGCAAAUGGACGAAAACAAAUAAUGAAAUUCACCAGAAAAUACGCAAAUGUAACAUUGUAUCUUAUAAAGACAGACAGAGAAACCUUUUUUUCCAAUUUCAUCCCGUGUGUGUGUUUGUUUCAUAAAAGUGAUCUGGUUAUUGGUCAAUAAAUAUAUUACAACAUUUGUCCGUCCUUGUAGUUUAGACUGAUUAAAAGCAUGAUGGCGAACAGAUAUUUUGCUCUAGCUGUUUCGUUAGGUACACUAACAACACUUUUAAGCAUUUUGUCAUUAUCUCUGGACUACUGGCAGGGAAAAACUUUGUCUGGUAAAGAGAUUAUAAGAAUAGUGGAUGGAUUUAAAAAUGUAGGACAAAAUCCUUUGGAGGAAUAUAGAGAAGAUACGACAGCCUCCAUUAGCAGCAUGGGAGACAUGAUUUUAGAGAGUAAUGAACGUUACAAUUCUCCGUGGGCUGACGCAGUAAUAAAUACACAUGUUGGAAUUUGGCACAUGUGUGUCAAAGUUGUUGAAAACCCGACCGCCCCUGGAAUGGUUUAUCCUGAUAUGUGUACAUAUUUGGCUACUGUUCCGGGGAUAUAUUUUCCAACACCAACAGUAUGGGUAGACGCCGACUGGAAAGUUCCCCGUGCAAUGCUAUUUCUCGGCCUCUUCAGUAUUGUAGGGAGUACAGUAUGUAUAUUUGUUAGAUGGUUUAUGAGAUUGGAGAAACACAUCCUCCUAUCUAUUGCUGCUGGUCUGGCACUUGUUGCAGGUGUAUUUUUCGUGGCCGGGUUCUCGUACUUUGCUGACACCAUGAAAUUGGACUUUCUGGACUACCAGUCAGCGUUUUAUUUUUGUAUUUUGUCUUGGUUGUUGUCAUGGAUUACCGGUGGAAUUAUUAUCAAAACUAGGCUUUCUAAUUAUGACAUAAAUAUUGCAUAACAAAGUAUAACUAGUCUGUCCCGUGCCGCAGGAGCUACGAAACACACAGCAGUUGGCUAAAAUACAAUCAAAGGGAGAUAAUGUUUCGUUUUCUCAAAUCAAUUUAUAUUUGAUUACCUGCGCUUGAAUUUUACAAUGUUUACUGAAAGUGAGUGAUUUGGAUUUUGCCAUUUUGACACAGAGGGCAACAUGACAUUACUAUGCGUUUACAACAAUAUGAUAUAAUGACGCGUGUGAUAUAUCAUUGAUUACUAUGUACAAAACGCGUGUGAAUUAAAAUGAUAUUACUAUGAAUAUACCUGUUAUUUAGAAUGACGUUACCAAACGUAUAAGUUAGAAUGAUAUUGCAUGUACUUUGCAUACAAUUUUAGUAUGACAAUGAUACGAAUACAAUUUAGUAUGACUUUACUAUACGUAUACUUUAGAAAGGAAUGACGGUUUUGUAGUUUUCAUUUUAGCAUGAAUAUAUGGAUAUAUUUGAAGUAUGUUGGUGCGUAAAGCGUUCAC